UAGGGGCGGUUAUAUGGAAAGCCCCUAUGAGGAGUACUAUUUAAAAACUAAGCCCUUUUAUAGGGGCGGAACGAGUACUCGCCCCUAUUAAUGUGUAUCGUAGGGUCGGUUUGAUAAGUCUAGGGGCAGUUUUUAAAUUAAUGUAACUUUAACAAUCAAUUUUUUUCCCCUCGCCUCUCAGCUCGUAGACUGCCCCCUAAAUAUGAUUCCUCUCUCAAUGGCGAUCAUCUUCUUCUUCUUCUUCGUUCAAGUUCUCUUCAUCCUCUCAGCUCGUGACCUAAUGGUGGUGACCUAAUUCUCAAAACGAUCUGCUCUCCAAUGGCGGAUCUGAUUUGUUCACUUCACUUCUCCCGAUUUUACUAGUAGAUUUAGGUUUCUGAUUUCACUUCACUAGUAGAUUUAGGUCGUGAUUUCACUAGCAGCUGCUCUCGUAAUUCACUUCUCACUGAAUCGAAGGUAACAUUGCUCUCUCCUUGGAAUCGUAGGUUUGUUGUGUUGUUGACUUUGCAGAACUUUGUAGAAAUACUCAUCCAAACAGGGAAUUUGUUGAAGAGGCUAACAAGGCAUCGAUGGGAAUCAAUGAAUAUCUACAUUUAACUGAAUAUGUUUCCCAGGAUAAGCUGACAAUGAGCAUUACUACCGAGCAUGGAAAGGCUUUGAAAGACGCAUAUAAUGAUGUAUCACGCGGACUAGAGGUGGUGGAACAUGCUUGCGAAUUGGCUUCUCUGCAAAUUGGAGAAUUUGUUUCCAACAUCUCUAAUGGGACGGAUACCUAUAGCAUUAGGGAACCACUUGGCAUAUGUGCUGGAAUUUGGCCAUUCGAGUAUUCAGCAAUAAUCCCACUAUGGCUGUUUCCUGUUGCUAUAACAUGUGGAAAUACUUUUAUUUUAAAGCCACCAUAGAAGGAUCCAGGAUGGUCAUUCUUCAAGUUAGUUAGUUUGAAAGUCAACCCAACUCUUCAAUUUUGUCCAUUCAGCGGGCACACCAUAAUCUCUACUAGCACCGUCUGCACCGGGACUAUCUGUUGGCAAUUUGUGUUGAAUUAUCUAGAUUUUUUCUUAGUUAUCAUAUAUUGUUAUUACUUUCAUUGGCAAGAGACUAGAAAUUGUCUUGUUAUAAUUCAGUUUGGCACUAAAUAUAAAUAUUUGUAGAUUAUUAUGAUUAUUAAGAAAGCAUUGUUGUUCAUA